CUCCUAUAAAAACCCAUGAUUUCCACUCCACUUCUACAGAAAGCCGUCCGUGCCGCUCUGAAUAGACUGCUGCACUCCAGACGCGUCGCUAGCAUGCCGAUCCAGGUUGGUCAACAUCUUCCAGAUGUACAGGUGCAGGAGGGAGACCCGGGGAACAGCAUCUCAAUGGUUGAACUUUUCAAGGGCAAAAAAGCAGUGCUUUUUGGUGUGCCAGGAGCGUUCACACCUGGAUGCUCAAAGACUCAUCUCCCAGGGUUCAUACAGAUGGCUGGGGAUUUAAGGGCCAAAGGUGUGGAUGAGGUCGCAUGUGUGUCUGUUAAUGAUGUGUUUGUCAUGUCUGCCUGGGGAAAGGAGAACGGAGCAGACGGCAAGGUGCGGAUGCUGGCUGAUCCCACAGGAGCGUUCACAAAGGCUGUGGAUCUCUUCCUGAACAAUGAUCACUUGUUCCAAAAUCUUAGAAAUCAAAGGUAUGCCAUGCUGAUUGAAGAUGGAGUGGUCAAGAAGCUCAGCGUGGAGCCUGAUGGGACAGGCCUGACCUGCAGCUUGGCUCCAAACUUUCUCAGUGAGAUUUAAGAGUUCCUGGUUGUUUACAGUCUGUCACCCUCGUCAUAGACCCACAAUUGCCCAAUUAUCAUUCCAAAAACAGUGCAACGGAAAUUCCUAACAAUGAACAACACUAUUGCAUAUACUGUGGGGAAACCCAUGUGAGGAACUAACAUGUUUACUUGGAGCAAUAAUUCAUUGCUAUACCUACAGUAUAUUGGUUACCAAAGCAGCAAUAAACAUUUUCCUCAUAACUGCA